GUGUUUUUGCAUUUUACUCGCAACAAAUAGACUUCACUGUCUGUUUUAUGAGUUGCUCGAUUUUGCAAAUGACCUCCGAUAGAGAACAAAAUCUCCAGAGACAGAUCCACGAUCAGCAAGUACUUCUCAGCGAGUUACGGCAGUCCACUCCACAUCAAGUCGUUUACCAGUGCUUUGGUGGUAAUAUUUUCUUUCGAACUACUCGCGAUACGGAAAUGGUCAAAUGUGAGCGCUUUCGGCUGAUGGACCCAUGGUUGUUCCUUCGAACACUUUGGUCACUAUGCCCACAGACUGUGAGGGACAUCUUUAACAUUGCUUUGUUAGCUCGCGCAGCUUUACACCGGUUUGCAUACCGCUCGGUUAGAUUUCUUCAUCCAUUUGAGGUAUUUUUAAUUUGGUCUCCCUUCACUACUUCUCCAUGA